UAUCCAUAAACUUUCAUAAUGUCUACUUAUCUUAUCACUGGUGCCAACCGUGGAAUUGGCUUGGCUCUCUUUAAACAAGUGGCUGCUAAAUCAGAAAACACUGUUAUUGUUACAGUCAGAGACGAAACUAAGGCCGAACAAAUCAAAAAGUUGGGCUACAAGAACGUCCAUGUGAUUGUCAUUGACAUGAUAGCGUCUUUAGAUGAGUUCGAAGCUGCAUUCAAGAACCUUCCAGAAUUGGCCCCCAAUGGUUUCGACGUGGUGAUCCACAAUGCUGGUGUAUGUUCCGAAGGUUCAAUGAGCGCAUUUGCUGACCACAAAUUCACCGAAUUCCAAAGAACUUGGGAAAUCAACUUCUUGGGAUCCGUCAAGUUCUUUAGAAGUGUCCUUCCAACUUUGGAUCUUAACACUAAGCCGGCAAAAGUGGUUGCAAUUUCAACCGUCGCCAGUACUAUCUCCCAGAUGGUAUAUGCUUCUAACAGUUACGGAGCUAGUAAGGCAGCUCUCAACUAUAUUACCAAGGAGAUUGCCCUCGAGAGAAAGGAAAGAGGUGAUAUUGUUGUACCUAUCCACCCUGGAGUAGUUGCAACCGAUAUGACUGCCGAACUUGCAAAAUAUAUGACUGCUGAAGAUGUAGCCAAGUAUAACUUUAUUUCAGCCGAAGGAAGUGCUGCUAAAAUCUGGGAACUCGUUGACAAGUUGACAUUGGAAGACUCAGGCAAGUUCUGGUCGUACGAUGGAUCUGAGAUUCCUUAUUAGAUUAGAAAUAUCAUUAGACCAGAGAUAGACUAGUAGAUAAUAUAUAUCGUCUGAAUACGGUGGGCACAUUGUCCAGUACUUUCUAGUAGCAUUCUAACGAGAAGAAUAAAUGGAACUGUUGUAGUUAUAAGAUAAGCUUAUGUAUGAAUGUCCACACAUCAAAACUUCAUUAGUCAGUAUUCAUGGGGAGUUAAUCCCGGCGAUAGUGCUGAAUAAUAGAGGAAAAUUACGUGUCCAAACCCAGUUCUCAAUAGUUAAGGGAGUUAAAAACGGAGGUAAAGAUUACGCUAAGAUGACGCUAUUAAUCAUGGCCACCAAGCCAUAGAUGGUGUUCGCAAAACCCAAGUAUUUAAACUCACGAAAUUACCCAGCAAAAAUGAUAUCCAUAAACUUUCAUAAUGUCUACUUAUCUUAUCACUGGUGCCAACCGUGGAAUUGGCUUGGCUCUCUUUAAACAAGUGGCUGCUAAAUCAGAAAACACUGUUAUUGUUACAGUCAGAGACGAAACUAAGGCCGAACAAAUCAAAAAGUUGGGCUACAAGAACGUCCAUGUGAUUGUCAUCGACAUUGGGGACACUUUAGAGGCAUUUGAAGCUGCAUUCAAAAGUCUUCCAGAAUUGGCCCCCAAUGGUUUCGAUGCGGUAAUCCACAAUGCUGGUGUACUUUCCGAAGGCACAAUGAGUAAGUUUGGGGACCAUAAACUCAGUGAAUUUCAGAGGGUUUGGGACAUCAACUUCUUGGGAGCCGUCAAGUUCUUGAGAAGUAUUCUCCCAAUCUUGGACCUUAACAAUAAGCCAGUCAAAGUACUUACUGUUUCUUCCUCUGGCGGAACUAUUUCGGAGAUGGUAUUUGCUUGCAACAGUUACGGUGCUAGUAAGGCAGCUCUCAACUAUAUUACCAAGGAAAUUGCCCUCGAGAGAAAGGAAAGAGGUGAUAUCUUCGUACCUAUCCACCCUGGAGUCGUUGAUACAGAUAUGACUACUGAAUUAAAAGGCAAGUAUCACCUUAUUUCAGCCGAAGAAAGUGCUGCUAAAGUCUGGGAACUCGUUGACAAGUUGACAUUGGAAGACUCAGGCAAGUUCUGGUCGUACGAUGGAUCUGAGCUUCCUUAUUAAAUUAGAAAUAUCAUUAGGCUGGAGAUAGAGUAGUUGAUGAUAAAUAUAUAUAUAUAUGGUCUACCGGCAUUGUAUACAAUGGGAAAUUCACUGUCUAUGCUUAUGAAUCUACUGGGGAACCAAAGGUUUCCAGUCGGACAAGGACUUAACGUCCCUUGGAGGAGGAGGGGGAGGAGAUGUGGCCUUGUUCUCGUUGUCUGCAACUGUAUGGAUUUUGGUGCCUGACAAGGACGAGGGCUUGGAUGGCUUAACAGGAAAAGUGGUUCCGGAGGUCGCAUUUGUGACUUGGUCUGUCGCUGUGGGUGUAGCAAUAGGUGAAACCUUAGGAGUAGCAGAAUUAGACCUGCUAGGAACCAAGGGAGUUGACGAGAAACCAAUCGGAAUGGCUGUUUUUCUAGCAGGAGGUGGUGUAGGCACUGGCGAAGGGGCCACUUUUGAGCUUCCAGCACUUCCUGAAACAUCUGUGAGUUGGAUGUCUGUAGGUAUAGGGGGGAGCCUUCUAGGUAAGGCAGAAGUAUUGAUCAGCCCGGUUCUAUCCAGUUCUGUUGUUCUUCUACUACUUGGUGGAGGAGGCACUCUUCUUGAUACAGAGCUGUUAACAGUCGGAGGCCUUCGAGGAGUAGGUGGAGGUGAAUCAAAAUCAUCCAAUAGGUUCAACUCGCUUAACGUAUCGGACAUGAAAUUCGGGUUGUAAGAAGUAUCAGAACCAUUGGGCUCAGACAAUGAGUCAUCAGAUGAGCCGGGAUGUUCACUUUUAUAAGCCUCAUAGAUCUGCUUCGUUAAAUUCAAUUUCUUAGCUUCAUCAAUGAACUUGACACUACUUUUAAAGGUGGCAUAAACAGGCUUAUGGUCGCUGAUUUCGAUGUUCAUCAAUGAAUUAUAGUUCAACUGAGACAAAGGUGGCGCAUCUCUGUGACUUCUUGUUAAAAUUCUGUCUGUCCACGAAGGCACUCUCUGCUUCUCGGAGGUAUCGUAAUUGGAGGUUCCUUUAUCGAACUUGUAGGUGGGAUUAAAGGUGAUAGGUGCUUCCGUGAAUCCUUUGAAUGCUCCACUGCUAGAGUUCAUUUCGUUUAUCAACUGAUCGUUGUCCAAUAAUUCAUCAUAUUGUCCUUGUGCAACUCGUUCUCUGAC